AACCUGGUUGAUUCUUUGGAAAUAUUUGUUGACAUAUUAUUUUGGGUUCGUAUUUCCAAGAAGUUAGCUUCUUCAGCCCCGAAAUCUUAUCCUUGGAACAGAGUUGGGUCCAAACUAUACUAGAUGUGGUACGAGCUUCAAAUUUGAGCACACAGAGCUACGAGCCUACGGCAUUAUAUGAAUAGCAGAAUCAACGGAUCGAUGAAUUUCCCAGCAAGUUGAUGAGCGGUCUCGAUGCUUCGAAUGCCAUCAAGUUUAAAAUCCGAAGGCUAAUUUCGUAAUUACGACCAGAAAAUUUCAAAUUCCGCGUCUAUAUAUAUCCGCGCACCGUUUACCCUUUCCCCGCCUCGCGGAAUCCAAAUCUCCGCUUCUCGACCCUUCUCUCUCCCGGUCCCCUGCGAUCGCUCUAGGGAUCCCCGAAGUUUCUCUCUCUCUCUCUCUCUCUCUCUCUCUCUCCCUGAAACCUCGAGGCGUUCUACGGAGAUCCCGAUCCCUUUCUCCGGAUCUGAUGAAGCUAAGGAUCAACAAGGCGUGCGAUCUCAGCUCCAUCUCCGUCCUUCCUCCGAGGAGGACAGGUGGUUCGGGAGCCGAUGCAGCGAGCUUGGGGAGGAGCCAGGCGUCGCAGCCCCGAUCGCAGUCGCAGCAGUCGUUCUCGCAAGGGGCUUCGCUGUCGCAGCUCUCUCAGACUUCACUCGAGGAGAAUCUGAUGAGCGAUCAGAGAUUUUUCUCGCACGAUAAUUCUUCAAAGAGGAGUUCAUUGGCCCCUGGUACGUCAACACGAGAAGAAUCUCAACUGCAGUUGUCAAGAGCAUCCAACAGUGUUUUGCACCGAUGGAAUCCAACCACAGUUUCAGAUAGUCGAUAUCAGGUUAGCGAAGAACUUGAGCACAGAUUUCGACUGAUGGAAAGCUCAAUAAAUAGGAUGUGCAUGAUACUAGACUCAGUUCAGAAUGAUGUCAUGCAACUAAACAGAGCCAUGAAGGAAGUAUCACUAGAAACGGAAGGGAUACGGCAAAAGAUGCUUCUCUUGGACAAUUCAAUGCAGCAAAUUCUCAAGGGAGAAGAUGAUAUCAAAUCUUUCCUCGAAGGAAGACUAAAAAGCCUGCCUGAUCAAUUGAUGAAAAACUCUAAUUUGAACAAACUGAAUGAGAUAUACUCAACAGUUUCAGCCUUGCCGGAGCAGUUCGAAGCUCGUUUAUUGAAACUACAGAAUGACAUAUGCAGGGUCUUCACCAGGGAGAUGGAGGUAAUGGCAGGUGCUGUCAAAUCUUUCAACAAUAAGCAUGCAGUUUUGAUCCGGUCACCUGCGAAUAAUAUUUCUACCAGCACUAAACAAGUUCUGAAGAGCCAGAUACCAGUAACAAAAGUUGCGGCGACACAUUUGAUUACCAACAAACGAAGUAUUCCAUUUCCAAUCGUAGAGGAAGAGACGAAAAUACUUGAACCAAAAUUCGCUGGUUCUAGUCAUAUGGCAGCUCUCAACAGGGAGGGAAGACCUUUCAGGACAAAGGAGCAAGAUAACAGAGUAAUCAUUGACUCAGAUGACGACAGCAAUGGAAGUUCUUCCUGCCUAAUUGUUAAAAAGGAAAAAGCUCAGAUGGAGACCUGCUGGAUGAAGGAAGCUAGCGAAGAGAGUUUACGAAUUCUAAGAAAGGCAAGAAAGAGAAAGAGACGACAAAUGAAUUCAUUUAAUCUGUCUAAGGAUCAGUUUGGAAUUUGGGCCCACCAAUUGCAGAGCCUCGGCCCAUUUAGUUGCCGUUUCGAAUUUGGCCCACACCAGCUUCAGAGUCGCUGUAUUCGGCCCCUCCUCAGCGCGGCAACAACCAAUCCAUUCCACCAACCGCAAUUCCCUCCACGUACAAAGGUACGCAACUCCUAUAAUUGUUCUUUUUCUUCGCAAGAUCUACGCAGUUCUUAGUUUACUAAUUACAUUAUUGCUGUGCUUUUCUAGUUACAUGGUGCUUCUUUGUAAUGUAUUGCGCACUUCUCAUUUCUCUCAUGCCUAGCAAGAAAAAAAAUGCUGAUCAAGUGCACUCGUUUUAAUAUUUUAGAGAAACUUUGAAACUUUUCGUCUCUAAAAUUCAAAAUAGAGAUGUUGACCGCCACUAGAAACCGUCGCGCAUACACUUCUCCAAAUGUGGUUCUCCAAC